AGCUUUAACAUAUAACCGUACGUGCGACAUCGCGAAGAUCAGAAGCGGAGACUGCAUAUGGAGCUGCAAACUUGAGAGACUAACCGAAAAUGAUUAACACCGGGAAAUUAGCAGGGCGCACGCUGUUCAUCACUGGUGCAAGCAGGGGCAUUGGGAAGGCCAUUGCACUGAAAGCUGCUAGAGAUGGAGCCAAUGUCGUCAUCGCUGCUAAGACUGCUGAACCUCAUCCAAAGCUCCCAGGAACCAUCUACACAGCAGCAGAAGAAGUGGAGAAAGCUGGUGGGAAAUGCCUGCCAUGCAUAGUUGACAUCAGGGAAGAGUCGCAGGUAGCUUCAGCUGUCGAGGAAGCCGUCAAGAAGUUUGGAGGCAUUGAUAUUCUAGUCAACAAUGCAAGUGCUAUUAGUUUAACAGAUACGGAACACACACCUAUGAAGAAAUAUGAUCUCAUAAAUUCCAUCGAUGCAAGAGGAACAUAUCUUUGCUCCAGAGUUUGCCUUCCACAUCUCAGAAAAGGAACCAAUCCUCAUAUCUUAAAUCUCAGUCCACCUUUGAUCUUUGAACCCAAAUGGUUCAGAGGUCAUGUAGCCUAUUCAAUAGCCAAGUAUGGAAUGUCUUUAUGUGUACUGGGAAUGGCAGAUGAAUUCAAACCUUAUGGUAUUGCAGUCAACGCACUCUGGCCAAGAACAGCCAUCUGGACUGCUGCCAUGGAUAAGAUCGGAGGCGAGUCGGAAUCCACGAUGAGGAGCUGUAGAACAGUGGAUAUCGUCAGCGAUGCUGCAUACGCUAUCUUCCUCAAAGACAGUUCAACCUUCACAGGGAACUACUUCAUCGAUGAUGAGAUUAUGAGGUCCGAAGGCAUCACCGACUUGGAACAGUACUCCUGCGUGAAGGGGUCUCCUCUCCUCCCUAGUUUCUUUGUGGGCCCCGAUCCCAAAGCCAGACCAGGGGAAUUCAUUGGAUCUUACCCAGAUGAAAUGACUGGAGGAGGAGGAGGAGGAUCAGGUGGAGCUGAAACAGGAGCUGGUGGAGCCGUAGCAGCCAUGUUUGAUAAGAUGGGAGGCAUGCUGAGUGAUAGUCAUGUCCAGAAGAUUGGUUCAGUCUUCCAGUUUGAACUCUCAGGCAAAGAACCUGGAACGUGGUACCUUGAUCUCAAGAAUGGCUCAGGGUCAGCAGGCUCCGGAGCGCCCUCUAGUGACGCUGAUGCUACCUUGUCAUUAAACAGCGAUGACUUCAUCAAGAUGUUUGAAGGCAAGAUGAAAGCUACUGUGGCCUUCAUGGGUGGUAAACUCAAGAUCAAAGGAGACAUGAUGAAAGCUAUGAAGCUGGAAAAACUCAUGGAGGAAUUCAAGAAGCUUGCAUCGGCGGAGGCGCCCAAGGCUGAACCUGAGGCAGCAGCAUCAGGAAGCAACGGGGGACAGAUGGAAGAGAUGAUCACAAGGGUACGAGAGCUUCUGAGUGAAGAGAUGGUCGGGAAGAUCGGAGCCGUAUACCAAUUUGAUGUUUCAGGCAAAGAACCUGGAACGUGGUAUCUUGAUCUCAAGAAUGGCUCAGGGUCAGCAGGCUCCGGAGCGCCCUCUAGUGACGCUGAUGCUACCUUGUCAUUAGACAGCGAUGACUUCAUCAAGAUGUUUGAAGGCAAGAUGAAAGCUACUGUGGCCUUCAUGGGUGGUAAACUCAAGAUCAAAGGAGACAUGAUGAAAGCUAUGAAGCUGGAAAAACUCAUGGAGGAAUUCAAAAAGCUUGCAUCGGCGGAGGCGCCCAAGGCUGAGCCUGCAGCAGCGUCGGGAAGCAGCGGAGGGCAGAUAGAAGGGAUGUUCACAAGGAUACGAGAGCUUCUGAGUGAAGAGAUGGUCGGGAAGAUCGGAACGGUCUACCAAUUUGAUGUUUCAGGUGACGAGGCAGGGUCAUGGACUCUGGAUCUCAAGAACGGUUCAGGAUCCGCCCAGGCCGGUGCCGCCGAGAACCCAGACGUUACCAUGAUCAUGGACACCGCCCUCUUUGUCAAGAUGUUCCAGGGUAAGACGAACCCAACCAUGGCCUUCAUGGGCGGCAAGCUGAAGAUCAAGGGAGACCUCGGGAAAGCCAUGAAGCUGGAGGGUAUCAUGAAGAAGAUGCAAUCAAAGCUGUAGAACUAAUUUGAAUGUAUUCAUAUGGACUUAUUUUAUUGUGAGGUUUUAUAAACCCACAAUUAUAAUGCCAACGUAUGAGAUGCCUAACCAGGGCAAAGUGUCAUUAAAAAUACAAUUGACUUUACAAUUUAUUGUUAUAGUAAUUCUAUGAAAACCUUAUACAGCAAGGUGAUUACAAUUGGUUGGAAAAAAGCCUCACCAGGCCUCUGCAUCAUAAAAAAGUACAGACAGGUGUAUUAUUUUUUUUGGGUGUUUGUUUUUGUUAUGUGAAAAAGUUAAUAAUAAAAUAUUAUAAUCAAUUUUGUUAAAUGUUGUUGCAGGGCUUAAAUACUUCACAAAUUCUAAUUCGCAGUCAAUCCGCUUGGCCACAAUACUCCCAUAUUAUUUCUUUAAGCAAAGAUAUUGAAAUUAAAAUACAGGUGAAUUUGAAUAGUAGGAUUUCAUGAGACCACAGAUAUUGUUAUGACUACGCCAAAUCAGAGUUAGAAGAUUUACAUAGCAUUGCCUUUUCGUAUUGAGGGUCGACUCUUGCAGACUUAAAUUGUUAUUAUUUGAAAACUGCAACAAUUCUCCAUUUAUUACUAUACACGUGUCUCGAUUAUGAAAUAGAUUGAUACCAGUUGCUGCCAAAUGUUUAUCUGUAUUAUCCUGUGUCAAAUUAUCCUUAAUUUCAGAGUUAAUCUCAGUUUUUAUUCUAUGAUUUGUAAUUAAAUAAUAAUAUCAUUGAAGUCAUGUAUAUUGCUCUCAACUAUUGCUGUGAAAUUAUCUACAUUCUAAAAACCCUAUAAGGAUUUUCAUUGCAGGGUACAGGGUAGAUUUGAAAAGAUAAAACUGACUUAAAACAAUACUUCUACUUUUAAUGAUUGAAUGCAUGUACAUAGUAUAAGUUACCAACAUUUGAAAUAAAAUCAGCAAGAGCAUUUCAUGAACUGUGGUGCCGUCAGUGAGUGGUUUGCACUUAGCUCUCAGCCAUUUACAUCCAGACUUUGUUUGAGGAAAAUAUACAAGGACCGUUUUUCUGUUAUCUUAAUAUUUGAAGGCGUUAUGUGUUUUCUUGUGCUAGAAGGGCAGCAUUUGUAAAUCACUUUGCACAUUCCUAAUGUAGUAUACUUAUGCAGGAAACCCUGUACAAGUAAAGUGUUUGAUAGCGAUGUCCUCUAUCCAGUGAAAAAUGCAAGGUCUAGCUUGGAGUUGGGUCGUGUGGUCCAGUGGUUAGAGCAUUGGUUGGACUCAUAAUCACAAGGUUGUGAGUUCGAAUCCUCACUCUGCCAUUAUAUCCACUUUGAUAAAAAGGCCCGAGAGUAAUAUAUGUCGUCUAUAAGGUCAGCCACUAUGACUGAUUAACCUACAUGUAGACGUAAAAUGUUUCCUAAGUAAUUGGUUAUAUACCAGCUUGGCAUUUACCACCAAAACGCUGUCCUGCCGAGUUCCUACGGGAGCUACCAUAAACAGAAACAGAAACCUAUUGGCCCGUCGCAUAAAACAUUUUAAUGGUAACUUUGCCGUCCAGUUGUAACUUGGAAUCCCUGAUCCCGAUACACCAUAUCUAUGGUACUAACCAAUUGAUGGAAAAGUUUACUGUGAAAGUAACCUUUCUACAACAUGGCUCUCAUCUUCACCAUUGCAUAGUCAGGAUGACGAUUUCUUUGAAGAAAAAAAACGUGAACUACCAAUUCACCUUGAAUUAGGGAUCGGUUGCAAUUAAUAUUACAGAAGUGGCCCAUUGCAUUAAUAGUUGAAAUCAAACUUAACUCCUAAAAGUGAUCCUAAAUUGAUUUCCAAUCCGUCAGAUUUGUUUAUUUAUUUAAGCUAAUCUCCUCACACGGUCUAAGCUUUAAAGUAACUGUUUUUACAUGAUUUUGUCCAACCAAUAAAUAUUUUGGGGUCUAUGUCUUAGAAUUACAUGUAGAUUGAUAGAAAAUGUUAUGUUCAUUCCCCUUUACUUGCCAUUAAGGGAUAAUAUUGAGCACCCUAAUAGGCGGUGGUUGUACGACUAUCUCAUUAUAUGACUAAAUAUAUCAUUUGUAUCAUUAUGAAAAUACUAUGUACAUUAGGUUUAAAACAUAAAUGGAUUCAAUUAUAGAAUUAUUUGCAAUCAAAUUGAUUAGAAUAAUGAUUAGAAUAAAGGAACUCUAUUUGUGAAAUUAUAUUGGUCGGUUGAAAUUUAUGGAUGAUUGGUUGAUUUCGUGCUUACAAAGCGCACAUUUUUUAACUGUAUUGAUGUAAAUGCAAUGAAUUAACUGAUUAAAAUUAAUGAUCUUGUAUUGUCUUUGCUUUUAAGUUCAAAUUUUCCCAUACUCCAUGAUGAAGGACUUUAUAUUUUAAAGCUCAUUUACAUUAUUUGUACAAAAUGAAUAUUGAUUUGAAACUGACUGAAUUUAUCGUCCGGUUAUUCGCCUUGAAUUAAAAGAUACAAGAUCUUUCUCAUUGU